UCCCAGGAAAUGCAUGGAGAGGAAAAUUGUCCGAAUUCCUUUAACAGUAGAUUUAAUGUAGCUAAACGAAGUCGAAAUAAAAAUCGCCGACUUAAAUACUUAUGCCGUACACCGUGAGUCGUUGGUGAAAGGCGUGGGAUUCAAAUCUAUUUUUGAAAGGAAGUGUGACGGAAGGGAAAGCCUUCUUUCUUUCCAGAUGACUUCACGGGGAAGGCACGAGGGCGAGAGACAUUCCCCCAAUACACACACACACUGUUGUCAUGGGCCGCUGAGGGCGGAGCUCAGCACACACAAACCCAAGCAAAGUUUCCAGUCUUUUUCACGCCGCACAACUUUUUCCCGUCUGAUGAGCGACCGUGCCGUUCGGGCCCCCGAGACCAUGGUGACAACCGACCCCCACCAGAUCCAGGACCCGGUGGUCCCGGCCCAGGUCCAAGAGCAGCAGGACCCGUUGAAAGAAGAGAAGGAGCGAGAGGAGCCCUUCUCGGGCACGGCUGGAUUUGACCUGGAGAAAAUGGGCCAAGGCCCCGUCAACGCCAUCACGGUGCUGACUUUGCUGGACAAGCUGGUCAACAUGCUGGACGUGGUGCAGGAGAACCAGCACAAGAUGGAGGCCCAUCAGGUGGAGAUGGAGGGCGUGGUCAGAGGGAUCCAGGCCGAUAUGUUCAAACUGUCCAAGAGCCACAGCCACACCUCCAACACCGUCAGCAAACUGCUGGACAAGAGCCGCAAGCUUUCCGUCACCAUGAAGGAGGUACGUGACAAGAUGGAGCGCCAGGGCGCACAGGUCAGGAAGCUGGAGGCCAACCACGCCCACCUGGCCAACAGAAAUGGCUUCAAAGUUCUCAUCUUUCAGGAGGAGAACGAGAUCCCCGCCAGUGUCUUUGUGAAGGAUGCACCUCCAUUCCCUCGCGAUGAGAUUCUGGAAGAAGGGGAUGAACUUGCGCCAGGCGUGGAAGGAGAUCAGCCCUCGGAGGGUGGACUCCAUACCAUCAACCUGUCAUCUGACGAGGAUGUGGGCCUGGAGGACGACGUGGAAGAGGAGAUAUGGCCUCAAGACUUGGAGAACAUGGAGAAGUCCAGAGCUGAGAAGCUGAAACGCUCCAGUAUGAAGAAGGUCGACAACCUGAAGAAAGCCUUGUCACGACAAAACAUCGAGAAGAAGAUGACAAAGAUUGGAACCAAAAUUGUUUCGGCUGAGCAACGAGAGAGGAUCAAACAGAAAACCGCCAGCCUGAAGGUGUCCCCUCUGACCUUUGGCAUCAAGAAGCCUCGCAGCAAGUCCGACUCACAGCCUCCUGAGGAACAUCUCACUCAGUUGGAAGAGGCUCCGGUCCCAGAGGACCAUGUCCAGCUGCCCCCGAUGAGCGGCCACGAUGAGGGGGUGACCUUCACGGAGAUCCACCAGCAGAUGACCCCAGCAGAUGAACAGCAGGGUGAAGAGGAGCCAGCAGGCCCUGCAGAGGUCAGUGUGACUUCUGAAGGUGUGAGCGAGGAGUACGCUCUAUCCGCCACGCUGCUGCAGGAUCCGGAACCCAAGCAGGAGCCUUCAGCUUCUCUUGAGGAAUAAGAUCUUGCUCCCAGACCAACCUUCAUCUAAGCAUUGCUAACACAGCGUCUUAGUGUUGCUCGCACUAACACCAUCAUUAGCAUUUUUAUAGCACCGGCACCUUCUCACGACAUUCCAUACCUGAAUACAAACACGCUAACCCUGCAAUGCUAACAUUCCUGCUGCACUUGGAACACCUUCUCUUCUAUGUACAACCAAAGAAUAUUUACCAGUAAUACGACUAUUUGUAUUUGAUAUAGUAUACAUUGUACCUCACACAGCACAAUAAAUCCUAUUUGAACCUUG